GGGCGCCUUAUCCGUGUGUGUGUCAAAAAGUUUAUUCGUGGUAAAAACGUGUUUGCUGCCCGGCAGGUGCUUAAAGAAUUGUGAAAUUUCUUGAUUAAUCAGCUCAAUUGUGCGUGAAUUUUCGAAGGGGGCAGUGUUUCACAGCGCGCACGGCAGACCAAGCGAAGAAAUUGUUGUAAUUUGAAGUGUCGUGGCACUUUCCUACCGAAUCAUCAGUGCGGUGCUGCGUAAUACAUAACCUUGAAGAAAUCUUGGUGCCCUGCCUUCCUGGAAGAGAAGCACGCCAGCGGAGCAACACAAACACAAUAUGCAAACAUGUCUACACUUACCGAAAAGCGUCGAGUCUCCUCAAUUCUCAAGCCCCAUUCCCCUCCGAACGGCAAUGGUACACCGUCACGGAACAAGGUCCGGUUUGUUGAGUUGUCAAUCGAAUCGGCAUUGCAGGAAGUGUUGGAUCAUAACCGGUUAACGGGGUACGAGGAACUCUUGGAGAAUCUGCGAGAUGGUGAUCCCGAGGAUGAUAAGUUUAAGGCAAUUUUCCUAGAAGCUAAGCAAGCCGUUCCUUUGAUGAAGCCCCACUUCGGUAAGUUGGUCGAGCAGCUGCUUUCGUUGCGCUGGCUAGACCGCUCCGAGGAGGCCCAGGAGGCCUACAAACAGUUCGUGUUGGAAUUGUCCAUCGUGCAGAAAAACUACUGUACAAUGACCAUGGCAAAGCUGGUGAAGUUGUUCAUCCCGGGGAAAGCGGUCCAGUUGCCAGGGCUCGGCGGCAGUGCGGGAUGCGAGGAGCUUCAACGCCAAAUGGGAUCUCUGCAUGAUCUGAUUAUGAGACUGAAAAAUGUGAUACCGAUGAUCUUCGACGUGGUGCUCACGCAGCUACGAAAGAGUUUCCCGUACUAUAAGCGACCGUCCUGGGAGGUGGCCGGCUAUCUGUGUAACGUGCUGCGCAUGACCGACUACUCGUCGAUAUACUGUGAUGAGCUGCUGGAUAUCGUAUUCUUCCAUCUGCUACAGCUGGACGUAAAUGUGCCACGUAGUGUGAUUGAGGAGGCGGAAUACCCGGACGACGAGAUGAUGUUCGAGAUGACUGAGACGGGCGGUGAUGAGGAGCAGAAUGCCGAGGAUAGCGACACGAUGAAGCAUCCGGUCGCCGAAACGCUAGAUCAGUAUAUGGAAAUCGUGUUUAACUACAUCGAACAGACGGUAAAAACUAACGGCCAAGGAGAUCGGUUGUUUAAGAUCAUUCUGAAUCAGUUCGAGACACACAUCCUACCUACUCACAACACCGAUCACGCCCAGUUCGUCAUGUUCUACAUCUGUAGCUUUAAGCUUACGUACGCGGAACAUUUCAUCAGCUCACUGUGGAAGAAUGUGAACAAUCUGAACAAAUCACCCGCCGUGCGACAGACGUCGGUCGGGUACAUUGCAAGCAUGCUGGCCCGGGCGAAGUUCGUUCCCUUAAACUAUCUUAAAUCGAUGUUGGUGGAAAUGUCGCACUGGGUGCACAACUACAUCCAACGAAGCGAUUCGAUGCACCACAAUCAAUCACUCAAGGCACAUCUCCUAUUCUAUUCCGUGUGCCAGGCCAUCUUCUACGUAGUUGCGUUCCGCGCCAAUCACCUUACAUCAAGCUCAAAGAAUCUUGCCUUCCUCCAAUCGCUUCAACUUUCAUCGAUCGUCACCUGUCAGCUGAAUCCAUUGCGCGUCUGUUUGCCCACGGUGGCGACAGCAUUCGCUGGCAUUACGCGCGCCUACCAGCUUGCGUACUGUCACACCAUCCUCGAGCGUAAUGCGCGGCGCAAGUUGGCCACCGUGUACAAGAACAGUACGCAACUGCCGGAAGACUGUCUCGACACGUUCUUUCCCUUCGAUCCGUACCUGCUGACCAAGUCCGGCAAGCGCAUCGAGCCGUUCUACCUUCAGUAUCAAGCGCACGAAAUGGAUGAGGAGUCGGGCGAGACGAGCAUCAGCAGCGGAGCAGCAAAGGGUCGGAAGCGGUACGAAUCGAUGUCGGAGGAUGUGGACGAUUUCAUCCCGGAAAGUAAGCGCCACAAGCAUCGCAACACCGGCAACGGUAUGGAUGUUGGUGGAGAGUUUACGUUUUCGUACGGCGUUUCGCCUGGGUUUCAUAGUUGAAUUACCCGCGUUCAGUGGUAUAGGUGCUGAAGUAGACAGUGCAAUCUAAAAUGUCUAUUCAGGCUUUUUAAUUGCUGAUAAUAACAAUAUAUACAUCGUUUAUCAACAUACCUAAA